AAAUCACCUUUGAAAUUUAGUGAGAAAUUCAACAGAACAAAACAAAAUACACAUCACACGUUUGGGACUGAGUAAACAUAGAAUCAUCAAUGUGAAAUAAUAUAAAUCAUCCGAUAAAAUCGUCUCCAGUUGCUCCAAUAAAUCAUAAACAAUUCAAACUCAUUGCUGAAAAUUUAAUAAUUUAUCUACGGCUGAAUUUUGUAAAAGUCUUGUGGGACAUAACCUGUGUGAAACUUGUCCAUAGCAUUGGAAAAUAAAAAUAAUUGGAGGAAAGUGAGUUAAAAAUAGACGUGAUAAUUUUCCAUUUAACCUGCUGGGAGUUUUCCAACGUUUGGAGAACUUUCACGUUGUUCUGUUCAUCGAUGACAGGAAGAUUGUGAGGAAGAUGGGGCAGACACUGAGUGAACCGGUGACCACGAAAACCUCAGCCUGCUGUAGGGACUCGAAUUUCCUCGUUGGGAGCUCCUGCAUGCAGGGAUGGAGGAUCAAAAUGGAAGACUGUCAUGUUCACAUACUAGCACUGCCCGAUGAUCCUGAGGCUUCAUUUUUCGCGGUUUAUGAUGGACAUGGAGGAGCUACGAUGUCUCUGCACGCUGGAAAGCAUCUUCACGAAUACAUAACGAGGACACCUGAGUACAAGGAAGGGAGAAUCGUCGAGGCAAUGGAACAGGGAUUCCUCGAGUUGGAUAAAGCCAUGCAGGCAGACGCUGCGUUGAGGGCUGACAGGGCAGGGACCACCGUCAUCGCAGUAUUGAUCAAAGAUAACAUAUUAUAUUGUGCAAAUGCAGGGGACAGUCGAGCAGUGGCGAGUGUCCACGGAGAAGCAGUGUCCUUGAGUCGUGAUCACAAGCCCUUCCUCGAGGACGAGAGGAAGAGAAUCGAAGCCGCUGGUGGAUGGGUUGAGUUCAAUCGUGUUAAUGGACACCUGGCACUCUCCAGAGCUCUUGGGGAUUUCAAAUUCAAGUGGAACAAUCAUAAAUCUGCUGAGGAACAAAUUGUAACAGCUUUUCCUGAAGUUCAGAAAUUCGAAAUAACCGAUGACUGGGAGUUCGUAAUCCUCGCCUGUGAUGGGAUAUGGGAUGUGAUGAGCAGUGAAGAAGUCGUCGAAUUCCUGAGAGAAUCCAUAGCAACUGCUAGACAAAAUGAUCCAGACCUCCUGCCAGAUGCAGAAGCUGUUUACCCUGAAGAGAUAUGCGAAGAGCUUAUAAAUCGGUGUCUAGCUCCAGAUGCACUGAUGGGCACUGGCUGUGACAAUAUGACAAUAGUUUUGGUAUGCCUCCUCCAUGAGAAACCGUCGUUACACCUGGAGCUACAGUGCCAACGUGUCCCGAGAACAAGUGCAGAUCGUCCAAAGAAUCAAUUGAGAAAUAGAAAUCACCUCUCUGGCAGUUCAUCAGACGCAGAGAACGAUAAUAUCGAUAAAUUAGAAGAGAAUGAAGAGAACAGUGAGGAAGAAGAGAGUGCUAAUAGUGAUAAAAGCGAACAGAAGAAUUCAACAGGUGAAAGAUUGGUCGAGAAGAUCCUGAGUAAUCUCUGGCCUGAUCCGACAAAAAAAUAACUAUUCCUCCCAUUAAAUGCAAAAUGAUCGUGUACGAAAUUUUCUACAUCACUGAGGGGUUCACUCCCGCAACAGAAGAGUAAUCUUAACAACUUGUAUAUAAUAAUAAUGUGUAUUCAAUUAACAAUUGAUAGAAUACAAGAUUUUCAACGAUA